AUGAAGAUUUUGCUGCUUGGUAUUUUUUUGGUUGCAUAUAGCCCCUCAGUCUGGACAAAAGACAAGCAUUACUACAUUGGGAUUGUUGAAACAACCUGGAAAUACUCCUCUGACUACGGAGAGAAGGAACUUAUUGCAGCUGGCAAAGAAGAUUUUGACACCUACCUUCGAAGUGGCCCGGAUAGAAUUGGAAGCGUGUACAAGAAGGCCCUUUAUCUUCAGUACACUGAUGGAACCUUCCAGAAAGAUGUAGAAAAGCCACCUUGGUUAGGGUUCUUAGGCCCUAUUAUCAAAGCUGAGACUGGAGAUAAAGUGUUUGUGCACUUAAAAAACUUUGCCUCCAGGCCCUAUACUUUCCAUCCACAUGGAGUAACCUACUAUAAGGAGCAUGAAGGGGCCAUCUACCCUGAUAACACCACUGGUGUUGAAAAAGCAGAUGACAAAGUGAACCCUGGUGAGCAGUACACAUACAUACUGCAUGCCAACAAAGAACAUAGUCCUGGAGAGGAAGACAGUAAUUGUGUGACCAGGAUCUAUCAUUCCCAUGUCGAUGCCCCAAGAGACAUUGCCUCAGGACUCAUUGGACCUUUAAUAUUCUGUAAAAAAGAUUCGUUGGAUAAAGAAAAAGAAAAACAUAUUGACCGUGAAUUUGUAGUGAUGUUUUCUGUGGUGGAUGAAAACUUAAGCUGGUACCUAGAAGACAACAUUGAAACUUACUGCUCUAACCUAACGAGUGUGGAAACAGAGAAUGAAGACUUCCAGGAGAGUAACAGGAUGUAUUCUGUGAAUGGAUAUGCAUUUGGAAGUCUCCCGGGACUCACCAUGUGCGCAGAGGACAGAGUGAAGUGGUAUCUUUUUGGUAUGGGUAAUGAGAUUGAUGUGCACGCCGCUUACUUUCAUGGACAAACACUGACGCACAAGAAGUCCCGAACCGAUACAAUCAACCUCUUUCCUGCUACCCUUUUUGAUGCUUUUAUGGUGGCCCAGAACCCUGGAGAAUGGAUGCUUAGCUGUCAAAACCUAAACCAUCUCAAAGCUGGUUUACAGGCCUUUUUCCAGGUGCAAGACUGCAAUAAAUCGUCAUCAGAGAGCAAUGCCUUUAGGAAUGUGAGACACUACUACAUUGCUGCUGAGGAAAUUAUCUGGAACUAUGCACCCUCAGGGAAAGAUGCCUUCACCAAUGAAGACUUGACUGCAAUUGGAAGUGAAUCAGAGAUAUUUUUUGAGCAAGGUCCUACAAGAAUUGGAAGCUCAUAUAAAAAGCUGGUUUAUCGUGAGUACACCGACAACUCAUUUGCAAAGCGCAAGGAAAGAGGACCUGACGAGGAACAUCUUGGCAUUCUGGGUCCCGUCAUUUGGGCAGAGGUCGGAGACAUAAUCAGAGUCACCUUCAAGAACAAAGGAACACAUCCCCUCAGCAUUGAGCCAGUUGGCGUGAGAGUCACUAAGGAAAAUGAAGGCACAUACUAUGCUUUGCAUUACAACGCCUCAGAUGAAAGUACGCUUCUUCCUCACUCCUAUUUUGUGACACCUGGAGAAACAUUCACCUAUGAAUGGACUGUCCCCGAAGCAGUGGGGCCCACUUAUGCAGACCCCGUGUGUAUAUCUAAGAUGUAUUAUUCUGCUGUGGAACCCGCCAGAGAUCUUUUCACUGGUCUCAUUGGGCCAAUGAAAAUAUGUAGGAAAGGAAGUUUAAAUGAAAAAGGGAGACAGAAAGGCGUGGACAAGGAGUUCUACUUGUUUCCCACAGUGUUUGAUGAGAAUGAGAGUUUAUUUCUGGAUGAAAAUAUUGCAAUGUUUACCACUGAACCUAAUCUGAAUAAAGAAGAUGAUGAAUUUCAAGAAUCUAAUAAGAUGCACUCCAUAAAUGGAUUCAUGUAUGGGAAUCUGCCUGGUCUCAACAUGUGCAAAGGAGAUUCUGUCGUUUGGUACUUAUUCAGCGCUGGCAAUGAGGCCGAUGUCCACGGCAUAUACUUCUCAGGAAACACGUAUCUGUCAAAAGAUGAGAGGAGGGACACGGCAAACCUCUUCCCCCAAACAACUCUUACACUCCUCAUGAAUCCCGACACUGAAGGGACUUUUGAUGUUGAGUGCCUCACAACAGAUCACUAUGUGGGUGGCAUGAAGCAAAAAUACACUGUGAACAAGUGCAGCCGCUCCUCGGAGGACUCCACCUACUACCUGGGAGAGCGGACCUACUACAUCGCAGCGGUGGAGAUAGAGUGGGAUUAUUCUCCACGCAGGGACUGGGAAAGGGAGCUGCAUCGGUUACAGGAACAAAAUGUUUCAAAUGCAUUUUUAGAUAAGGAAGAAUUCUACAUAGGCUCAAAGUAUAAGAAAGUUGUGUACCGGCAAUACACCGACAGCACAUUCAGCCAACAAGUGGUGAGGAAGGCAGAGGAAGAGCACCUGGGAAUUCUGGGUCCACAACUUCAUGCAGAUGUAAAAGACAUCGUCAAAAUUAUCUUUAAAAACAUGGCCACAAGGCCAUACUCAAUACAUGCGCACGGAGUGAAGACAGACAGUUCUACAGUUCUUCCGACAUUACCAGGUGAAACUCGAACUUAUAUAUGGAAAAUCCCAGAAAGAUCUGGAGCUGGAAGAGAGGAUUUGGCUUGUAUUCCGUGGGCUUACUAUUCAACUGUGGAUCAAGUCAAGGAUCUCUAUAGUGGAUUAAUUGGCCCACUGAUUGUCUGCCGGACACACUACUUAAAAGUAUUUAAUCCCAUAAAGAUACGGGAAUUCUCCCUCCUGUUCCUAGUUUUUGAUGAGAACGAAUCUUGGUACUUAGAUGACAACAUCAGAACAUACUCUGAUCAGCCUGAUAAAGUAGACAAGGACAACGAGGAAUUCAUCGAGAGCAACAAAAUGCAUGCAAUCAACGGAAGAAUGUUUGGCAACUUGGAAGGUCUCACCAUGUACACAGGAGAUGAAGUCAACUGGUAUCUGAUAGGAAUGGGCAAUGAGAUAGACCUGCACAGUGUGCAUUUCCACGGCCACAGCUUCCAGUACAAGCUCAGGGGCAUGUAUAGUUCUGACGUCUUUGACGUUUUUCCUGGGACAUACCAAGCCCUGGAAAUGUUCCCAACCACACCCGGAACCUGGCUCCUCCACUGCCACGUGACCGAUCACAUCCACGCCGGAAUGGAAACGACCUACACCGUUCUACCAAACGAAGGUGAAUACCCACUUAAGAUUCUGAUUCUAGAAGAGACCAAAUCUGGCUGA